CACUAGGAACCUCUUCAUGCAAAGAGAGUGAAAGCAUACCCCUUCCCUUCUCCACUGCUUCACACGUCUUUCCUUUCUUCAUUCACGCUCUGUCUACCCACUUUCUCCUCUCCCUCUUUUCAACAACAUUUGUGUAACCAAGAAAAAUAACUGCCCUGAAUCAAAACCAUGGAGAAGACGAGGCCAGAGGAUGAUGAUAAGGUCAUCUGCAACACUGAUGGAGGUCUCUCUAGAUCAACAAGAGAUGAACAACCGACUCACUACACUUUCAAAAUCACUCAAUUUUCACUGUUUUCAGAGCAUUCUGUGGAAAGAUGUUAUACGCAGGCAUUCCAAGCGGGUGGUUACCUAUGGAAAUUGGUUCUCUACCCAAAUGGGAAUGACAAGGGGAAAGGUCAUCACUUGUCGCUUUACUUGCAAAUAGGAUAUGCUGUUUUUCUUCCCCUAGGUUGGGAGGUCCAGGCGGUUUUUCGCUUAUUUGCAUUCGACCAAAUUCGAGGCCAAUAUCUGGUGCUUGAAGGUAACUUCUUCCACGCAAGUCUGCUGUCGGCAAACUAUUCACAAACAUCAAACCAUGUCUUAAAAAUCAUUUGUGAUCUAAUUGUAUUUGUCAACUAGAGAACUGGAUGGAUGAAACAAACAGCUCAUUCCCUCAUGUUCAUAAUUGCCCAUAUGUUACCAUUGCUUUUC